ACAGGCGGCUUUUUCGUUGACCGAAAAGUAGUUCAAGGUCAUUGGUUGUCGUAGCAUCACAACGGUAACUUUCGAAAAAUGCACGAAUGUUUGAGAGCAAAAUGUCAUAUCCUUGGUUGGUGUUCAGUGAUCGUAUUUAAGUGUUUAGGAAGCCCAUAUUGUGGAAAAACAUCAAUUGUUCAAUCAUUUUGUAGUGGUGGCCGGGACUUCCCAAAGAACUACCUUAUGUCCAAGACGGUUGAAUUCGCUGUAAAAACAAUGACAAUACCAGAAGUGGAUGACAGCAUCGUGCGGUAAAGUGAACAGUAAAGAACUUAUUUCCUAGGAAUUGUUCUUAUAUAAUAUCCCAGGCAAAGAAGUUUUCAGGAUCCCAUGAAUCAUUAUGUAGGACAUUAAUUAUUUUUAUAAGGGUAGAUUAAUAUGACCAACCUUAUCGUUGUUGUUUUUGAUGUAACUAACCAGGAAAGUUUCUCCAGUGCAAAGCUUACCCUGAGAGAAUUACGGAAACCUAAUAAUAUACGUAUACCGGUCGUUCUUGUGGGGAAUAAAACAGACCUGAAAGAGAAGCAUAUCAACAAUGUGGAAAAAGCCCGAGGGUUAGCGGAUGAUCUAGGCAUUCCGUAUUUCGAAACUUCUGCUAAGGAAGCAGUUGGUAUUGAUGUCCCUUUUCUACAUCUCAUUAAGGAAUAUUAUGAACUGUACAAUGAUGCAGUCAAUGACUAUCAAACUUUAGUAUAAUUACUAUAUAUAUCUUCAAUUGAUGUAA